AGCUGGUCGAGCCAGAGUAUUGCGCGCUCCCGAGUCUCCGCGCCGCCGCUACGUCGUGCCGUCUGUGUCUGUGUGUGCGGGGGGAGAUGGAUCGCGGGCGCUCGCCCCAUUAAACCCUUCAUACUCUGAGCAUAGUGUAUAAAAUUUACCUCACGAGCCCUAUAGCGCCACAGAAAGCGCCCUCUUUCAGGGUUCCUUCCGCUGCCCCGGCUCCGUCUCCGCCGCCGGUGGCUGGCUUUCUAUCAUUUCCAGCCCUCUCGCGUCCACACCCCACUCACACACGGCAUUGAUGGUAAUGUAUGCAAGGAAACAACCGAGACUCAGUGAUGGCUGUCACGACCGAAGGGAUUCCCAACCCUACCAGACUGCUAAAUAUUCAUCGAAGAGUCACCCAAGCAGCAGUGAUCACCGUCAUGACAAGAUGCGAGACUCUACAGAUCCUUCUCCACCAAGUAAAAUGCGACGUUCCGACAGUCCUGAAAACAAGUAUGGUGACAGUUUGGGCCACAGCAAGGCCAAAAGUCUACACAUCCACAGAGUACGGGAAAGAGAUGGAGGGACCAGUUUUUCUCCACAAGAGAAUUCCCAUAACCACAGUGCUCUUCAUAGCUCAAAUUCACAUUCUUCUACACCAAGCAAAACGUCUGAUUCUGCCUUUGAUCCUGCAGAUGACUGGUCCGAGCACAUCAGCUCUUCUGGCAAAAAGUAUUAUUAUAACUGCCGGACCGAAGUGUCCCAAUGGGAAAAGCCUAAAGAGUGGCUUGAAAGAGAGCAACGGCAAAAGGAGUCAAGUAAAGUUGCAGUUAACAGCUUUCCCAAAGAUCGAGACUACAGAAGAGAAGCAAUGCAAGCCACGGCAGCCGUGGAUGAGAAACAUUCCAGUGACACCAGCAGCAGCAGCAGCAUGCUCCCACAGAACAUCCUCUCUCAGACCAGCCGGCACAAUGAUAGGGACUAUAGACUCCCCCGAACAGAGACUCACGGCGGAGCGCCCCCACUGCAACACCAAGUUAAGCAAGUGGUCCAUCCAUCUGCUGCCCAAAGUGCUGUUCCUUCUAGUCCUUUUACAGUACAGCCUGAUCACCCGCCUCCAAAGAAGUCCUUUGACGCUAAUGGAGCAGCUACUCUAUCAAAACUGCCUGCACCCACCUCCUCCAUCUCAACACCGAAAUCUGACAGAAAAGACACAGCACCAGCUGACAAAUCGUCAUGUACGACUCCAUCCGGGUCCUCCGCUCCUGUAUUGAACCCCUCUGCUGCCCCAGCUCCCUCCUCUGCGUCUUCGUCCACCGUCCCCGUCUCACCUGUGCCUCAGUCACCGAUUCCACCGAUCCUGCAGGACCCCAAUCUCCUGCGCCAGCUGCUCCCUGCCCUGCAAGCCACUCUGCAGAUUAAUAAUUCUAAUGUGGAUAUUUCCAAAAUCAAUGAAGUUCUAACAGCUGCCGUGACGCAGGCCUCUCUACAGUCAAUACUACACAAAAUUCUUACCGCCGGACCCUCGGCAUUCAACAUCACAUCGCUGAUAUCGCAAGUUGCACAGCUUUCAACACAAGCUACCCAGUCCAAUCAGUCUCCAAUGUCUCUGACGUCUGACGCUUCAUCACCCAGAUCGUAUGUAUCUCCCCGAAUCAGCACGCCUCAGACAAACACGGCUCCUCACAAACCUUUAAUUAACACACCGCCUGUAACAUCGCAGCCAAAGGCCAGUACCACCCUUGGUGCUAAGCAAGGACCAUCUACACAGGCUGCACAGCAGCAGGCAAGUGCUGCCGACAAGCCCCAAGGGCAUGAGCCGGCGUCCCCUCGAAACCUUCAGCGUCAGAGUAGUCAGAGAAGUCCAUCUCCCGGUCCAAAUCAUACCUCAAGCACUUGCACAUCAAGCACAUCAUCUGUAUCGCAGAACACGUCUUCACGCAACUCGUGCUCCCUGACCCCUUCAUUAGCUGCCUACUUCAACGAAAACCUUAUCAAGCAUGUCCAAGGCUGGCCUGCCGACCACGCGGAGAAGCAGGCAUCGAGGUUACGUGAAGAAGCCCACAACAUGGGAAGUAUUCACAUGUCUGAAAUUUGUACAGAGCUGAAAAAUCUAAGGUCUUUAGUCAGAGUAUGUGAAAUCCAAGCAACUUUGCGUGAGCAGCGGAUCCUGUUCUUAAGACAACAAAUCAAAGAGCUUGAAAAACUUAAAAACCAGAAUUCCUUCAUGGUGUGAAAAGUUGUGACUUGCACGUGAUGUUUGGAACUGUAACGCUAUAAGCCCAGUCUUAACACUUUGAGCUGCGUACGAGUAGACUUUGGACCGUUGAGCUGGGCAGUGGACAUGGGGAGUGGGACUGGAGGGAGUCCAUUCAGGGGAAAGACAAGAGAGUGAUUUGUAAAACCCUGGAAAUGUAGAUUUCUUGUAGAUGUAUCCUUCACGUUGUAAAUAUGUUUUGUAGAUUGAAGCCAUGGGACGCCCAUGUGUAUCAGAGCUUUGACAUCCAAAACUAAUCAAUGCCCAGGUGGUUAAAAACCUAGCCUUUUUCAUGUAAGCUUGUCUGCUAAAUUAGCUGUUUUUCUGUUAAUUUAUCAUUCAGAAAUCUUGCUUUUUUUCCAGUAAUUAGAUACCAGCACCAGGCGAUAUAUUGAUGUCUGAAAUAAUCCCGGACAGUUUGGGCGAUGUACAAAACGUGUGCUAGAUCUCAAACUUGCACCCCAGCCUUGUUUCAAAGCAGUGCUUCAUUAUGUUAUAAUUACAAUUUAUUUUUAUUUUUUUGCAACAAUAUAUUUCCUUCCUGUAAGUGUUCCUCCAGAUACAGCAGAUUAUUUUUUCCCAUGCAUCCAAUUUUUCUCCUUGUUGCUAUGGCACUUUUCUAUAACCUUUUCAUUCCUGUGUACAGUAGCUUAACAUUGCAGUGAUUGAUUGAUUGAAACCCACUUGUUUGUAAUAAAUUAUUGAAAGCAUCUCCACUCGCAACCUGUGAAAAAUCAAACCGCAGCAACGUUGGACACGCGUGCUUAAAAGUUCAGUACUCGCUCAGUCAUUACAAAAAAACCAAGCCCAAUUAAACAGAAUACGCAGAAUUGGUUGUGUGGGGAACAGGAAUUCGAGCUAGUCAGAUGUGAAAUGUAUCUGUUGUAAUAAAAAUGUUAAAAGAUAAA